GGGGAGGGGUCGGGGGAGACCCACGGCAUUUAUUGAGGCGCGUGGAGCAGCCACGCACAACACGCUGUUCAGAUGCACGCAUGCACACGUAGCACUCCUAACGUUUCAGUAACUUGUUUUUCUUAACUCGGAGGUUGCUAUGGACUUCUACUUAUUCGACAACAGUUCUGACAACAUCUCAGAGGAGUCUGGAGACUUCGACCUGGAUUUUCAGGAGCCAUGCAGCCAAGCGCUCAGCAACGACUUCAAAACGAUUUUCCUCCCCACCGUUUAUGGGAUUAUAAUUGUUCUUGGCAUCGUUGGCAAUGGAUUAGUCGUUAUCGUGAUGGGCUACCAGAAAAAGGUCAAAACAAUGACAGAUAAGUACCGGCUGCAUCUGUCUGUGGCUGACCUGCUGUUUGUCUUGACGCUGCCCUUUUGGGCCGUGGACGCAGCCAGAAACUGGUACUUUGGAAGUUUCCUCUGCGUCUUUGUGCACAUGAUCUACACUGUCAACCUGUACAGCAGCGUGCUCAUCCUGGCCUUUAUCAGCCUGGACAGAUACUUGGCUGUAGUGAGGGCCACUAACAGCCAAGCCACGAGAAAGCUGCUGGCAAGUAAAAUCAUCUAUGUGGGCGUGUGGCUGCCUGCCACUGUCCUCACUGUACCUGACCUGGUGUUCGCCAGAACGCAAGACAAGGCCUCCUCCAACUUCCUCCUCAUGAGCAAUGAAAGCAUGGAGAUGGCCGACUCCAGGAUCAUCUGCCAGCGCAUUUACCCCCAAGAGAGCAGCCUCACGUGGACAGUGGUUUUCCGCUUCCAGCACAUCCUCGUGGGCUUCGUGCUGCCCGGCCUGGUCAUUCUCAUCUGCUACUGCAUCCUCAUCGCCAAGCUGUCAAAAGGCGCCAAGGGUCAAGCGCUGAAGAAGAAAGCCCUGAAGACCACGGUCAUCCUCAUCCUGUGCUUCUUCUCCUGCUGGCUGCCGUACUGCGUGGGCCUCUUUCUGGACACCCUCAUGAUGCUCAACGUGGUCACGCCUUCCUGUGACUUGGAACAAGCAGUGGAGAAGUGGAUCUCCAUCACCGAAGCCUUAGCGUACUUCCACUGCUGCCUUAACCCCAUCCUCUAUGCUUUCCUGGGAGUUAAAUUCAAAAAGUCCGCCAGGAGCGCGUUGACAGUGAAUAGCAGAUCUAGUCAGAAAGCAACGCUCAUGACCAAAAAGCGCGGGCAGAUUUCAUCAGUGUCGACGGAGUCAGAGUCUUCAAGCGUUUUGUCAAGUUAACUCGACUAAACCUCUUAAAAUGUGAGACUUGAAACUAAGCUUUAAUGCAACAUUAUACUACAAUUUGUACAGUUGUAAAAAAAAAAAAAAAAAAAAAGGAAAAAAAAACAUACAUUUUAAUUUGUUUGCCUUUGGAAGUUUUGUUUCCUUAAUGCAGAUUGUUUCCUUGUGUUUCACAGUCAAGUUUUGUUUUUGUAAAAACGUCAGUGACCCCAUGUAGGUCGGGCAUAGAAUGUCUUUACUGUGAGGGACGGUAGCUGCUUCUGGAAACUGUAAAUAGUUUGAAGAGUUUAGUGUGUUCGCACUCAAGUUGUGUGAUUAUGUGAAAGCUUUUAUUUAUUGUUGUUGUCAUUCACACUGGAAGUUUUGUAACGGAAACAAAUUGCAUGCUGCUUUU